AUGGGGGGCGACAACGGGCAUAGUAGUUCCCCGGCUUCUUCGUCGAAUCACGAUUCACCAGGGACCAAUGUUUCCUCCACCCUGGAUCUACCCAUUGACUCCGACGGAACAGAUCCAUGUCCACCACAUGACCCCGAUCCAUGGAGUUGUAUGCACACUAUACAGUUAGAAAGGGACCCUUGUCCACCUAACAAAGACGACCCGUGGAGUUGUAUGGAAUCCAUACAGUUAGAUGCAGAACACAAUGCUCAUUCCAACCACAGGGAUGCGAACUCGGCCCACCAUUGGCAUACCCAUUGGAUCCCUUGGAUCGACCGCAACAAAGAUAUUCUGCGGGCGUGCACGACGCAGCCGUGGUUUAAUGCCCUCAAAUCGGAAUGGAAACAACAUGUGCGUCAACAUGCUACAGAUGAGGUAUCCGGGCAGCGUGAACUCGGUGAAGCGGCAACCCUGCCGAUGAAGAAACCUCGGUUGUGGAAAGCAUGGGUAGCGCAACAACAUCGGCAAAUGUGUAUGCAUAAGGAGCAGUGGUUCCAACAUUUGUUGAAUAAUGUAGAGGAGGACACAGAAUCGCAAAAAGGCCAAGCACCCAUAGUGGAAGAAGACUUGGAAGUGGAACAACUAAUGGCCGCAGCAGAUAUGCUACAAGUGAGAGAUGUACCAUGCACGCACCUGCAUCAGCAACUGUACAUGACAAAACGGUUAACCGCUAAAACAUGGAUACUGAUCCUGGCAUUAGUCAUAGAAGACAGCGAGCUGGAGCGUACUAUGCAGGAUAGGGAGUUAUAUGUGGAUGACCUAUUGGAGAAGCUCUGA